AUAAUGAAUAGAAGCUAACACGGACGGAGCUAAGUGCGAACAUUUCUCCCAUAAGAAAGUGAGCGAAAAAAACCGCCAUGAACGUAGAAGAAGAGGUUGAGCGACUCAAAGUAGAGAUCAAAAGGCUCGGAAAGGUCCAGCCUGAUGGUUCUUACAAGGUAACAUUUGGUGUGCUGUUUCAUGAUGACAAGUGUGCCAAUAUUUUCGAAGCGUUGGUUGGGACAUUACGAGCAGCAAAGAGGCGAAAAUUCUUGACCUAUGAUGGUGAGUUGUUGCUGCAAGGAGUCCAUGACAAUGUUGAAAUCAUUCUCAAACCAGCCUCAGAAGAAGCAGCAGCAUCAGCAGCAACAGCUAGCGAUGCUGUUGCAAAGGCUUAAUUGAAAUUUCAUAACUUCACCCAAAGCUUGCUUUAAAAUUUAUAUAAUGUGUAUGCCAUAAUAUUAUGUGGUUUUACAUGUCCUCCAGUGUCAAAGAUUCCUAUGUUUUCUCAUUCACGGGACCAAUAUUUUCGUUCAUAAUCAGUUGGGUGAAAAAAAGAAAUUAAGAGCUUGGUUUGAUGAUU